AUGAUUUAUUAUUUAUUGCUUCUGAACCUGGCCAGUGCUUAUACUUCUCGUGAAUAUUACGGAUGGAAGCAUGAUUCAAUUCAUUUGCCAAAGAAAACGACUACAACCACUGCGCAGCCACGCCAAAGUAGCUUCCAUAUAGACGAGGACGACGCCUGUUCUACUGAUUGGAAUCACAGAAAAAGUGUUUUAUCGGACAUCCUCAGGGGCUAUGAUAAAACGGUGGUCCCUUCCAACCAGAGUGUAACUGUUAACGUUGAGCUUACUGUUCAGGUAAAAAAGAUGACAAUUGUGAUUACGGUAAUCUUUAGGACAUUUCUUCAAUCUCCGAGAUCACAAGCUCCUUUAUUGCGGAUGUUUGGUUCAGCCAGAUUUGGAGAGAUCCGAGGCUAGAAUACCAUAAAUAUAGUUGUAAAUCGAAUCUAUCAUUGGACAGCUCUGUGGCCGAUAAAUUAUGGACACCAAAUGUAAGGUUCCUGUUACGUAUUACAAUCAAAUUGAAGGUUUGCGUGGUCAACAGUAAACACACGGAAGUGCAUCGUUCUCCCACCAACAAUGUGCUCCUUAUCGUCUUUCCGAAUGGGACAAUCUGGCUGAAUUACAGAGUUAGAGUAAGCGGACCCUGCUCUUUUACUCUCAGUAAAUUCCCAUUGGACGAACAGGUAAGUAACCGUUCUAGAAAACAAAGCAAAAUGAGCAUUUCCUAAUGCACGUAACACAAGAAAUCUUUCCAGGAAUGUGUCCUAGUCUUUGAAAGUUAUUCUUAUAACAUCGCUGAAGUCAGAUUGCAAUGGCAGGAAUGGAAUCCGGUCACGAUCGCGGAUUCCGAGACCCUAAAGCUUCCAGAUUUUCUGUUUACCAAUGUCAGUUACGAGCACAAUUUGAAUGAGUAUACAGCGGGGAGUUGGGAUCAGUUGAGAGUCAUCUUCAGGUAAACAUAAGGUAGUAUCUUGGCGAUAUCUUUAGUUUCAAACGUCUUUAUGGCUACUAUGUCCUCCAAAUGUAUCUUCCGACGUAAGCGAAUAUUCUUGAUACCAUUUGUUUAAUUAAAAUCCAGAUAUUUGUCUGUGUUUAUCUCCUGGAUCGCCUUCUGGAUCGAUUCCACCAGAUCCGGCUCAAUGCCAGCCAGAAUUACUUUAGGCGUUAGCAGUCUGAUGGCCUUAAGUUUUCAGAUGGGAAAUGUAGUCAAGAAUCUCCCGAGGGUUUCUUUUGUAAAAGUAAGUAUUAAUCAUGGUAAGUGACCUUCAGGCAAUCGAUCUCUGGUUCUUCGUUUGUAUUUUAUUCAUAUUCUUGUCGCUGGUUGAACUGGCAGUCGUCGAAUUCGUUGAUAAAUUGGCUAAGAAUCAAUUUAAAAAGUACGAAAAAUGGGCGAAAACCAGAAAUUCCAUCGGAAAAGUAUCAAAGUGAGUUUAAAUUUCGCGAAAAGGUCACUUUUUGGUCAGUUCUUGUAAGAAAAGUCCCUUUUGGUUCUGAGUUGGUCAUUUAAACUUGUUUUUUUCUCACGGUGAUAUUUAAUGCAAUUUUUGACGACUCAAAAAUGUUAAUGGAAUUACUCUGCAAGACUAAUGAAAGCCUUUCUAGACUAACAAUACCUCCACCUGAGACGCGAAAACUUAGCAUUCAGACUCACGAGACGACCCUUCCUCGAGAUUCACUCGGCGUUUGGGAUGAGCAAGAACAAAGCCCGUUUCCGCGCAACGGGAAAAACAUUCGGCCUUCCAGACCUUCGCUGAUCGUCGAAUCAAAGAGGUAACAGCCUCGGGGAUAAUAAAAUGAUCUCUCCUCAUCUACAGAUCGAGUUUACUCUCCUUUGAACCUGUGGUGCCUCUGAAUCCCCGGAAGGCGCAUUCUCUGAGUGCUCAAGUGGAUGCCUUCUCAGCCAAGGCCUUUCCCGGCGCCUUUGCCUUGUUUAACGGUAGAGUCAACCUACUCUAAAGUCACAUUUUCAGUCUUCUAUUGGUGGUACUAUCUGAGUCAGGAAAAGGUCCCCCAAUAA